GGCCCACCCCCUCAAUAACUGACCGGGGGCCAUAAACUAUAGCAGCAAACACGCGCACACAUACCACCCGCGCAAACACAGACAGCCACGGAUCAAACUCUCCUUCCUUCUCUGUUAAGAAAACGAAACCCUCUACCGACGCGUCGCCUCUCUUCUCUACUCUCCACCCAAUAAUCUUCUUUACGUAGCAGGUAGCCAGUUAGUCACAGAGGUUGAUCAUUCCUUCUCUUCUCCCUCUGACAUCACAACCAAACCAAGCUCUUCAAUCUCCCUCCCUCCCUCUCUCUCUCUCUCUCUCCCCAAAUCUCUUUGAUUCUUUUGGGGAAUUUUAGCGACGAUGUCGAUGCUCGAUUCCUUCUUCAACAAGGGCUUCAAAGCUGCCAAAUGCAAAACUCUGCUGAAAUUGACGAUUCCGCGGAUAAAGUUGUUGAGGAACAGGAGAGAAAUUCAGAUUAGACAGAUGCGCCGUGACAUUGCCAAGCUUCUUGAGACUGGCCAGGAAGCUACAGCUCGGAUUCGGGUAGAGCAUAUUAUUAGAGAAGAGAAUAUGAUGGCAGCUCAGGAGAUCAUCGAGCUAUAUGCUGAGCUUAUUUCUGUCCGCCUUCCAAUAGUUGAAUCACAAAGGGAGUGCCCUCUAGACUUGAAAGAAGCAAUAUCCAGUGUGUGUUUUGCUGCACCAAGAUGCGCUGAUCUGCCGGAGUUGCUUCAAGUUCAAAUGCUAUUUGUAUCUAAAUAUGGGAAAGAAUUUGUAUCAGCUGCAACAGAGCUAAUGCCAGAUUGUGGUGUCAGUCGCCAGUUGAUAGAGCUGCUAUCUGUUCGGGCUCCUUCAGCUGAGAAAAAGCUGAAGCUUUUGAAAGAAAUUGCUGAAGAGCAUGAACUGGAUUGGGAUCCUGCUGCAUCUGAAGCUGAAAUUUUCAAACCGCAUGAGGAUUUGCUGAAUGGUCCGACACAGUUUGUCAGCGGGUCUAAGUUGCCGCUUCCCGAAGAAAAACAUGAUGAGACGUUGUACUGUGCACCUGAUCAAGCUCAGAAAGAACAGUCUGAUUCUGAUGAUGGUUUGGACGUUUUAGACUUUCCGGAAGCUCCGAAGGUAUCAUUAAGACCAACUGAGAGUAUACCCUCAGCACCAGCGAUGGCUCCACCUUUUCCACCCCCACCACACCCUGAUUUUGAUCACGAGUUAUCAAAAAAUUCUGAGGCGAUUGGACAUCCAUCCAAAGAGCCGUCCUUUGAGUCUGGAGAAGAAAGAGCAAUGGCAGACAAGCAUGAAUCUCAUGCUUCAGUUGGUCAUGGGGAUGAUGUGCAGUUUUUGCCAUUUAUAUCUCCCCCAUCUCUUUCGUCUGCAUCGUUUCCUGUGAGACAAACGAAUCCACCACCACCCUCUCUUUCAAGAAGAAAAAGUGAGGUCAAUGUAGAUAUGCAAGAUGUGUCAGCUGCUGCUCAGGCUGCUGCAGAAUCGUUUCCUGUGAGACAAACGAAUCCACCACCACCCUCUCCUUCAAGAAGAAAAAGUGAGGUCAAUGUAGAUAUGCAAGAUGUGUCAGCUGCUGCAGAUUCUGCAGCGUUUCCUGUGAGACAAACGAAUCCACCACCACCCUCUCUUUCAAGAAGAAAAAGUGAGGUCAAUGUAGAUAUGCAAGAUGUGUUAGCUGCUGCUCAGGCUGCUGCAGAUUCGGCAGAACGUGCGGCAGCAGCAGCUCGCUCAGCAGCUAGUCUUGCACAGGUAAGAAUAAAUGAGCUGACCAAGAAAAACAAUGAAGAAGUAUCUGAAAGUAGCUGUGAAAACCCAUUUCAUGAAGACGUUCCUAAUCAGUCAGCUACUAAAGAAAAGUCGGAUUUUGAUCAUCAUAUCCCCGAUGGUGAUUCUGGCCGGGGAUCAGAGACAUCAAAUCUUUCAUUUAAGGACUCGGCUAAAGUGGAUUUUGAUUCCCCGCUUCCCAGCGAUAAUGUUUUUGAACACGAGCCAGCUCAUCACCAGCCUCAGAGAUUGACUUCAAUGGAUGAUGACCCAUACUUCUCGUACCCAAACUUAUUCACAUCAGAAAACAAUGUUGGAUCUGGUGCUCAGUCUUCUACAGAUAAUUCUCGCUUCUCGCAUGAACACUGAAUUGAAUAUUUUCCAUUUAAGCCUUUGCUCUUCAUUAUUUUCUCAUGUCUUGCUGGUCAUUGGAUAUGUUUAUCCUGUCAGAGAACAGUUGCUACAUAUAUGGUGGUUUUCAAUUAUUUGUAUAGCAGUGAUGUGUACUAUCAGAGAACUGUUGUUACAUAUAUGGCUGAGUUUGAAUUUUUGCUUCUCAUGUUGGGGAGGAUUUGGGUCUGCAAUGUACAAUAGUAUUCCUUCUGGAAAUAAAUAACUUUUUUCGUAUC